AUGAGCAGUGUGCCACCAACUGCAAGUUUCGCACAGUGUCAGACUGGUCAUCACUGCUGCAGUGCCUUCUGUGGAGAUGUCUGCAUGCUUCUCAAGGAAAACGUGAGCAGCAGUCCGGAUCACAAAAUCAGCAACAUCCUGUCCACUGUUGAGCCCACAAAGCACCAGCACCUUCCUCUCCGGAGCUCCACCUUCUCCUGGAGGAAUGUCGCUCUCCUGCUGCUUCUCUCCCUCUCUUUGGAGCAGACAUCUGCAUCACCAGGCCGCAGAGUCAAACAGAAGCCAGGAGUGUGCCCCCAAGAAAGGCUCACCUGUAGUACUAAAGCCCCAGACUUGUGCAAAACAGAUUUCAACUGCAAUGAACACCUGAAGUGCUGCUCUUUUGCCUGUGGGAAGAAGUGCAUGGAUCCAUAUGAAGAACCCUGCAUGCUACCCUUGGACCGAGGAAAAUGUAAGAAUACAGUCAAGCACUGGUAUUUUCACACUAAAAGGCGUGUAUGCAAAGCCUUUAAUUAUGGAGGCUGCCUUGGGAAUGCCAACAACUUUUCCAACAGGGAAGACUGCAUGACGGCUUGCUCAUCAACUGUCAAGGAUGGGCAGUGCCCACUCUUCCCUCUCAAGAACCGUAUGGAGUGUUCAACUUCAUGUAAGAGUGACUUCGAUUGCCCCCCAAAUGAAAAAUGUUGUGAAUCCAUGUGUGGCUUUGAUUGUGCCAUGGCCUGGACAGUCAAAGCAGGUUUCUGCCCAAGCAAGCCGCCAACAUGUUCCAGGAUCGAGAAACCCAGGUGCCUGCAGGAUGAUGAUUGCCCAUUGACAACGAAGUGCUGUUCACUCUGUGGACUGAAGUGCCUGGAAUCCCUAAAAUGA